GAAAAGCAACAUUGUUAAGUAACGUGAGUUUUGAUGUACAAGCCGAAUACGAAUAGAACAGAAGAAGGUUGGAAUCUUUGGAUGAUCUCUGUUGCUGUUCUCCUUCUCUCAAUCCAAUAAAUAAACAAACCCUUAUCUUAUUACUCUCCAUUCCAUUCCAUUCCGAUGAAACUUUUCCUCUUCCUCCGGUUUCUGUUCCUUUUCUUCUUCUUCUCGCUUUACAAUCAACACUGUUGUUGCAUCCAUGCCCUUUCUCGCUCUCCAACAGCACGCUCCAUUCUCUCUCUUCCUCCUCCUCCGUCAUAAGCAAGCAACAUCACUGAUUGCCACACUAGAUGGGACCAUGUAUUUGGUGGCCAACCAUGAGAAUGGUCCCAUGAGGAUGAUAUGGUCAUUCUGCUCAGGAUCGCCGAUCUACAGUUCGUAUCAAGCUCCUAUCAAUAAGGGUCGCGGUAAAGGUAAAGAAAAUGCAUCUGCAGUGCCAGUUAGUGGGUUUAUGGAAUGUGGGGAUGAUUGGUCAUUGUACAUGCACGACGAGCACUACGGUAAAAUGAGAAUCUCAGAAUCUAUUGCAGAAUUUGUACCUCGUACACCUACCAUCUCACAUGAUGGAGCAAUUAUACUUGGAUAUAGAGAAAUCACUUUGUUUGAAGUUGAAGCUAAAACUGGGUCGAUCAUUCGAAUCCAUGCCAAGCCUGAUCCUGAUAAUGCUUCCGCACCUUUGAGUGAUGAUAGGAAGACCGCUAGAAGCAUCGCCAAUGCAGAUAAUAAAGUUCUUGCUGAUCCUGAAAAGCUAAAUUCAUCAGAGCCGGUGCUCAAGAUUUUUAGAACAGAUUAUUUUCUGAAGUCUGUUUGCCCCAACUCAGGAAUAGUAUUAUGGAAUUUGAGAGUAGCUGAAUUUGAGGCUGUAUUAUUAUGCCAACAUACUACAUUUGAGGUAGAGGAUGAAAAUCCUUCGGUCAGCGGUCUCAAUUUUACGAUGCCUUACCCAUGUCAAGAGAUGCAAAAAGUCUUUCGCCUGAAAAAGAAUUUUCUACUAGAACCUUUAAUCACUGAAAGUUCACAUGGAGCUUAUCAUGGAAAUGAUAUACUCUUAAUGCCUACUUCAGAUAUGAUGAUUCCUUUGCAGCCUAAUAUUGAUAGAUUUUUCGAUGGUCAUGAUGAUAAUAUGAUGAUGCUUCCUAUGCCUUUUCUGCAACAAAAUAAUGAUACAACAGAUGAACUCUUUCAGCCUCUCGUUGAGAUUGCUUUAAAUUUGAACAAGAAGAGUGGAUGGUCAACUCCAUUACCUAAUGUAUUGUUUAAGGUUUUUGGUCUGGUUUUGGGCAUUUCAGUCAUCAUCUACUUUAUUUUUGUGAAGGUGUUUAAGAAUGAUAGAGAAGUAUGGCCGAACUUUAAUCAAGUUGAUGAAGGUAUUGAUGGACGAAGAAUCGGCAAAUUAUUCGUUUCAAAUAAAGAGAUUGCUAUAGGAAGUAAUGGUACCAUUAUCUUUGAUGGAAGAUAUGAAGGCCGAUCAGUUGCAGUCAAGCGGCUUGUCAAAGCUCAUCAUAGUGUAGCCUCUAAAGAAAUCCAAAACCUCAUUGUGUCUGACUAUCAUCCAAACAUUGUCCGAUGGCAUGGGGUGGAGCAUGAUCAAGAUUUUAUUUACCUUGCACUGGAACGUUGUAUUUGCAACUUAGACGAUUUGAUUCAAAUUUAUUCAGAUACAUCAGAAAAUUCUGGUUUUAGGAAGGACCAAGCAUUCAUAUGUUUGAUAAAGAGCCAAAUGGAGACAGGGAAUGAUACUACACAAUAUCUUUGGAAAGAAAAUGGCUAUCCAUCACCUCUACUACUGAAAUUGAUGAGGGAUAUUGUUGCCGGGGUUGUUCAUUUGCAUGAACUAGGAAUUAUACAUCGAGAUUUGAAACCCCAAAAUGUUCUAUUAAUCAAGGAAAGAUCCUUAUGUGCAAAGCUUUCUGACAUGGGCAUUAGCAAACGUCUUCUUGAUAACAUGUCCUCUUUGGGUCAUAGUGCUACUGGUGGGGGCAGUUCAGGUUGGCAAGCCCCAGAGCAGCUUGUUCAAGGACGCCAAACACGAGCUGUGGAUAUAUUCAAUUUAGGUUGUAUUCUUUUUUUCUGUAUGACUGGGGGAAAACAUCCAUUUGGACAGCAUCUUGAGCGUGAUAUCAAUAUCGUGAACAACCGAAAAAAUCUUUUCUUAGUGCAGUUCAUUCCGGAAGCUGAGGAUCUUAUUAGCUGUUUAUUAAACCCUGACCCUAAUCUAAGACCGAAAGCGACUGAAGUGUUGCAGCAUCCUUUUUUCUGGAAUUCCGAGACGAGACUUUCAUUUUUACGUGACACCAGUGACAGGGUGGAACUGGAAGAUAGAUAUCUUCAUAGUUCUGAUCUUUUGAGGGACUUAGAAAGCAUUGCCGCAACGGCCUUAGGUGGUAAGUGGGAUGAAAAGAUGGAACCAGCUUUCAUUGUUAACAUUGGUCGUUACCGGCGUUAUAACUUCAACAGUGUUCGAGACUUGUUGCGGGUUAUGAGAAACAAACUAAAUCAUUAUGGAGAAUUGCCACCACAAAUCCAGGAACUAGUUGGACCUGUUCCUGAAGGAUACGAUGACUACUUUGCAAACCGAUACCCAAGACUCUUGAUUGAAGUGUAUAAUGUUAUAUGCAAGCAUUGCAAGGAGGAAGAGUGUUUUCAAAGGUAUUUUUAAAAUGAUGAUUAUGCAAGGAAGACUGUUUUCAAAGGUGUUUUCCCCAUAUGAAAAUAGAUCAUAUGGGGAAAACUGGUUGCAGCAUGAAGCAGAUUAUGUAUAUAUUUUAUUAAAAGCAAUGAUUUAUGUGUAAAUGUGUUUAUAUUGUCACUGAUCAAUCUAAGCCGCGCCUUUUUAACUUUCACUUUUUCCACCAAUUUGCUACAAAUGUGUAGAAAUGCAUGCUACCGUUAACUCUUGAUUCUAGCAUUGAGGGUUUUAAUAUUUCGACUGAGUAGGUCAAUUUAUCAUGCAUGGCCAAGUUAAGACA